GAGUAGUGGAGAGAUAUCGGACAAACAGUAGUCUGCAUUUUUGAUAUCUACCGUACUCAGCACAAGUCAAAAUUUGACAUUCCGACGGAGUGCCGCAAGUGCCGAUUCUGCAAAUAAAGCCACACAACGCGAGACGCGUUGAGGAAUGUAUGUAGCUGCGUGUCAGUGCAAUAUGAGCUCUCGCAAUGAUCCUAAUCGAUACGUGUUCAACUCAGACGAAGGUCGCUCAUACAUCCUCAGACAAAGAAUGUCUCACGACACUCAUGAUUUCCAGCUCGAGACUAUAGGGUGUUUGUUGGAUGGUGAGGAUGCGAAGGUGCUGGAGGUUGAGAUGGAAGAAAAGAUACGAAAAGCGAACCUCACGGCUCUGGCAAUCAACCAGGACACUGUCGAAGCUGCCCGGAGAGAGAACAAUGAUAUAUACAAGGCUGCGAGGACUGGUGUAGCAAUGCUCCUCUUGUCGCCGGAGCGCUCCAGGGUCAACAAUCCUAAUCUCGUGGAGCUGGAUUGGGUCGUGGACAGCGCUGAACGACGUCGAACACUGAUCUUCAUGAAGACCAUUAACUUUGUAUUCCACGCAGCAGUUUACCUUCGAAAUAAACUUGCCCGUGAUCCUGAUCUGGACAUACGAAUCCACAUUUUUAACGCUCUCAAUGACAAGGGAUACAAUGACCAAACACUCAGCUAUUGA